AUGGCAUCUGAGGAAGAUAUUGAUUUAUCAGCUUUGAAGUCUCAACUAAGCCAAACCCAAACAAUUUGGAAGGAGGACAUGGGAAAAAGCCAAUCCCAGGUGGAUUUUCUGCAAGCAAAACUGAUGGAGGUAAAGACUUCAAUACUGGAGUCUGAGGAAGGCACAAGAAAGGAGUUGGAAGUUCUUUGGCGAAGAGUCAAAACUACAGCAACACUCUUGACAUAUCUGAAAUCAAAGGCAAGAAUCAUGUCUGUUCCUCAUUUAGCUCAUACAUCAUGUGGCAUUAAGCAAUUGGAUGGAGUGGGGCUUGUUGACAGAAAUGGUGUUCCAGUAUCUGGUUGGUCUAGAAACAUAGAUCUUUCUUCCUUUGAAAGCUCAGAUGAGGAGGAAUGGAUAAAUAUUAUUAUUCAGCGUGGCUCUCUUGAUGAACAAGAUGGAGUUUAUAUUGGUGAAGUACUAAAGAGUGUGCAAAUGGUCACUGAUGUGAUGGAAACACUUGUCAAGAGGGUUAUCAUGGCAGAAUCGGAAACUGCCAUUGAGAAAGAGAAGGUGACAUUAGGACUGGAGGAGAUAAAAAAGAAGGCACUCCAAAUAGAGAGCAUGUCUGUGAAAUUGGAGGAAAUGGAAAGGUUUGCACUUGGCACAAAUUGUAUUUUAAAUGAGAUGCGACAAAGAGUUGAAGAUUUGGUUGAAGAAACAUCUAGGCAGAGGCAACGAGCAGCAGAAAAUGAACAGGAGCUUAGUCGCGUGAAGCAAGAUUUUGAAUCCUUGAAAUCUUACGUCAGUAGUCUUAUCAGUGUUAGAGAAACACUUCUGUCAUCAGAGAAGCAGUUUCAAACAAUUGAGAGGCUCUUUGAGCGGUUAGUUGCAAAGACAACGCAAUUAGAGAGUGAGAAAAUGCAGAAAGAAUCUGAAGUCCAGAAACUGAUGGAAGAGAAUGUGAGGUUGACUGCUCUACUGGACAAAAAAGAGGCCCAACUCUUGGCCAUGAAUGAACAGUGCAAGGUGAUGGCCUUGAGUGCUUCAAAUAUCUAGUAUCUCUCAAGGUCUUUGAUUCCAGGCCACUUGGUUGUUCUGCCCGGCCCGCCUGCUGCUGCUGGCUUCAUUCGGAGUUGGCUAGCAAAUAAUGUUGGGUCUGAAAAUUUAUUUGCGAAUCUUUCUUGAAAUGUACCAUUCAGAGAAAGUCAUCAUCUUUAAGAAUGCUAUAUAUUGUGCUGUGUUUGGUGAGUUGUCCAAAUUGCGUCUUGGCUGUAAAUUCCACUAUCUCAAUUCCUUUUUAACCUCUCAACCAGUUUCUUCGUGUGCCUUGCAUUGCACCGCCACA